AUAUGAUUGCCUAUGUACUUGCAACUGUUACCAUCUCGGUAUUCGUUAUCAUUGUGGCUGCUUUGAUCAUUCACUUGCGCUGCCGUCGACAAAAACCGAAACCAAGGGAACCAUCUGUCUCCUUAACAGACAUGCAGUUUGAAUACGAUGCGUUUGUUAUAUACAGCUCCGAAGACGCAGAUUGGGUGGUAAGAACUCUUAUUCCAACUCUUGAGGAAAAGUACGGUUUAAAGUGCUGUGUUCAUUACAGAGAUUUUCUUCUUGGAGUUCCCUUUCGUCAAAAUAUGGUUGACAGCGUUUACAAGUGUAAGAAGAAUAUUGCAGUUGUGUCCACUCACUUUUUCAAUAGUAACUAUUGUGGCACAGAACUAGAUUACGCUCUUCAUCGACUUAUGGAAAAGAAAGAUGACAGCCUCGUAGUAAUCAAACUUGACGAUGUCCAUAAUAAGAAACUACCCAGGGAACUCCGAAAAAGGAGUUACAUAGACUAUCCAAAGUCCACUGAUAAAGAAACGUGGGAGAAAAAAUUAGUAAAAAGCUUGACGUCCACCAGAUUUUUACUAGAACAAUGACCAAAUGAUACAUGGGAUACCUAGAAUGGUGAGGUAUUGUGGCGAGAAAGAUGAUACCGUCUUGGGUAAAAUCAUGC